AUGUUUUCAAGUAAAAAAAAUGAAAGCUAUGUAAGAGAAGAGGAUUCUAUAUGCCUGCAACAGUUUAAUAAAGAUGAAAAUCUCAAAUUGGAGGACGUUACACCUAAGUUAACCAAAAUGUGGUUCAGAUAUCCACAUCUUUUGAAAUUGAAUAUAUAUCUUUUGAGUGCUAUUUUUGCAUGUAUCACUUACGGGUAUGAUGGUAGUAUGAUGGGUAAUUUACAGACAUUGCCAAGUUGGUCUGAAUAUUUUAAUAACCCUUCAGGUGAAGUGUUAAGUACCAUAAGUAACGGUGUUGCAAUUGGGGCAUUAGGGGCGAUUCCGUUUACUGGAUUUAUUAAUGAUCGUCUCGGAAGAAAGGUCAUAAUUAUUGUUGGUACGUCUUUAACUAUUAUUGGCUCAGGUAUACAAGCAGGUGCAAUAAAUUAUGGAAUGUUUUUUGCAGCUCGUAUAAUACUUGGGUUUGGUGUCUGUCUUUCGACGGCAGGUGCUGGUCCUUUAUUGACAGAGACAGCAUACCCAUCUCAAAGACCGGCAAUGACAAGUUUUCUAUAUGCGAGUUUCCUGGUAGGAUCAUUUUUAGCAGCUUUAUUUACCUGGGGUCCAUAUAUAUCGAGUAUGAAAUACAACAAUUGGUCCUGGAGGUUACCAUCUUUGCUCCAAGCUUUAUUUCCUACAAUUGAAUUAAUUUUAGCUAUCUUAGGACCGGAAUCCCCUAGAUGGCUAAUUGCGAAUGGGAAAUCUGAAGAAGCAUUUGAAGUUUUAACUAAAUACCAUGCUGGGGGCGACAAAGAAAGUCCACUAGUAAAAUUCGAAAUGGCUGAAAUCUCGGCCGCAAUCGACAGAGAGAAGCUUGGCAAGCAAUUCACCUGGAAUGUCUGGUUUCAAACAAAGGCGAAUAUGCAUAGAUUAUUUCUAUCUCUAGUAGUACCAUCAAUGCAACAGUUAUGUGGCUCAUCGUUAACAGCUUACUACUUCCCAAUAGUUCUUAACAAUAUUGGAAUUACUGAACCAGUUGAGAAAUUGAAGAUUAACCUUGGUUUGACAAUAUAUGGGUUAGUUUGGUCACUAACAUUUGCAUCUAUAUGUGGUAAGCUCAAGCGUCGAAAGUUAUUUAUGACAAGUUAUCUUCUGAUGUGCCUAAUGUUUAUUAUUUGGAUUAUUUUAUCAGCAAUUAAUGAACAAAAGGACUUCAAGAAUAAGGCAAUAGGUAGAGCUAUUAUUGCAAUCAUUUAUUUUCAUUUUGGUUUCUAUCACAUGUCAUCUCCAAUAGGUACCACAUAUGUUAUGGAAAUUGUACCAUACGCAUUAAGAAGUAAGGCAUCUACUCUAUACCAAAUGUGUACAAAUGGAUGGAUUCUAUUUAAUAAUUAUGUCAACAAUUUAGGUAUGGAUGCCAUUCAAUGGAGAUAUUAUAUUGUAUUUUGUGUAUGGCUAUCUAUUCAAGCAAUGAUAAUAUACUUCUUUUUUCCUGAGACAUUUGGCUUAGGAUUAGAGGAAAUGGCUCAAGUUUUUGGUGAGGAUAUUUCAGAUAUGCAAUACGCCGCAGAUAAGGCAAUCAUGGUUGAUAAAUUUGAUGAAGAUGAAUAUAAUUAA